UGGAUACAGUGUAGUUUUAGAAUAACCCCUCUCCGGUCAUAAACAAUGUAUGUCCUUUGCAGCACGUGAUUGACAUUCAUUGCGUUUCACUUUCCAUUUUUCUGCUGGUUUGCCGUGGCAGACCUGUUACUGCAAUGGCCUUUGAUUUGCGAGCAUAGGGCAGAACCUAGACUUUGUUACCUGAUUACAUGUUAGCUUGUUGCGUCAUUCAAAGCCAAAAGCUUCAUGGACAAAAUGGCACUCAGAUUCGUAAAAAACGUGCGUGUUUGCAGUUUACUGAUGGUCGUGAUGGUAACCCUUUCUAAAGAUAAAUCUGCAAGUGCGGCGAAAAUUCUGGUGGUCCCAGAGGAAGGGAGCCACUGGCUCAAUAUCAAGAUUCUGUUCAUGGAGUUAAUAGGAAGAGGCCAUGAAGUGACCGUGCUGCGGAAGUCCAACGCUAUCUACAUUGAAGAAAGUUAUGAAGACUUUGCAGUAGAGACGGUGCAGAUGCCUCGCAUAGAAAGCUUGAGUAAGGAGUUUGUAGAGAAACAGGCAAUGGAGUACAUCUUUUCCUUCGCUUUUGCCAGAGAAAUGAAGCCUUUUGGUGCUUUUUGGCAUCUUUUUAGCGGCAUUCGGUAUGCAACAAUGUCACAGUCACUCGCUCUAAAGCAUUUGUUUGAAGAUCAGAGCUUACUUGAGCGAUUAAGGACUAAGGGUUUUCAACUGGUUCUUGCUGAUCCCUAUUAUGCUGCGGGAGUUAUGCUAGCAAAGUACUUGAAUUUACCGGUUGUAUUUUUUGGAAGGUGGAUGCCAACGGAAGAUAUACAUUUUGCCAUUGCACCUAACCCCCUUUCUUAUGUCCCAGUGCUGAAUUCCAGACUGACUGACAAAAUGACAUUUUCUGAUAGACUAACAAAUGUUUUCUUGUACAACGUUGGUCGCAUUCUGAGUAAGUUUUGGGCAUAUGCAGCAUAUGAUGAGUUGUGUCGUAUAUACCUUAAAACUGACGAAAGCCUGUAUGACUUGUACAAAAAGGCAGAUAUUUAUUUGAUGAAAGUGGACUUUACUUUUGAGUUUCCUAGGCCAGUAAUGCCAAAUGCUGUCUAUAUUGGUGGUUUUCAGUGUCGCCCUCCUAGUCCUCUUCCUUUAGAGCUGCAGGAAUUUAUGGAUAGUUCUGGUGAAGAUGGUGUUGUACUCUUCUCUUUGGGGACCUUGGUAAAGACUCUGCCGUACAAUGUAGCUGAACAAGUGGCCAGUGGUUUGGCCCAGCUUCCCCAGAAGGUAAUAUGGCGUUAUAUUGGUGAUGUACCUUCUACUCUGGGAAACAACACUAAGUUAAUGAGCUGGUUUCCUCAAAAUGACCUCCUAAGCCACCCAAAAACGAAGGCUUUCAUAUCCCAUGGUGGCGAAAAUGGUGUUUAUGAAGCAAUCUACCAUGGUGUCCCUAUCAUAGGUUUUCCCCUUUUUGGGGAUCAGUAUGAAAACAUUUUGCGCCUUAAAGCUCGAGGGGCUGCUUUUCUCCUGGAUAAUCUUCCUUCUCUAUCAGGAGAGGAUAUUUAUAGGGCAGUAAAAACAGUCAUAGAAGAUCCUUCCUACAGAGAAAGCAUGCAAUACUUGUCUGCAUUGCACAGGGAUGUUUUGGUUCUGCCAAAUGAAUUAGCUGUGUUCUGGAUAGAAUUUGUUAUUAGACAUAAGGGGGCUGCCCACCUUCAAGCAGCUGGCAAUGAACUUCCAUUUUAUGUCUACCAUUGCCUUGAUAUUCUUGUAUUCCUUUUCACUGCAGUAGCUCUUCUCUUUUUUAUAUUGGUUCUAAUGUUAAAAUUAAUUAUAAGAAAGAUAUUUUUGAAGACUAAGAAAAAGAAAGACUAGGGUGAAUGCAGUGUGUGGGUUUACUGGUAUCUGAGAUUGAGGAGAAACACAAAUGGCAGCCAUUGGUCUACGCUCUGGAAACCAAAAAAAAUUAAAAAUGAAAUAAAAAAAGAAAAAAAUG